AUGGUGGAUGUGGCAGCGGCGGCGGGCGCGGCGGUGGCGGAGGCUGCACCUGCCCCGUCCGUGCUGGCGGUCGACGAUGGGGUCGCGGAGGGCGCGGGCGCGGUCGCCCUGCCUUGGCCUCUGGUGGACGACGCCUGGGCGGACGAGCUCCCCGCGCUGCCUGGUGGGCGGAUGGCGGCAGACGCGGCCGACGCGGGCGGGCUGGUGCUCCCGGCGCGGGUGAGGGCGGAAGUCGCUGCAGCGAACGCGGCGCACGACACGCGCCGCAUCACCGCCAUCGUCAAGGAGGCCGCCGGCUCGGCGUGGGGUGGGCGCCGUACGCACCCACCCUGCGCUUACGGUGCUCGUCUUCAGCGUGCACCUGGCGGCGCCCCUCUGAGGCGCCGCCCUCCAUGGUUUAGCGGCUAG